AUGAUUGUACCUUCUGACUUUGGAGAUUUCCCAACUCCCAUCAUGCCGUCGCACACUACUACCUCAGUGGCUCCUAUCCCAACGGUUAUCCCGGGCUUGCCAAUCACCCAAGAGCUUGGAAUCACCGGCCAACGCACUCUCUGGGUCGUGACUGUGUUGAUGGGAAUCUCAUCUCUCGUCUUCUACAGUCUCUCUGCCCGUGCUCCACUGCAAAAGCGGGUCUUCCACACCCUCAGUGCGCUGAUCACCACUACUUCCUUCAUUACCUACCUCGCCCUUUCCACCAAUCAAGGCUACGACUGGACUGUGUUCGAUGUCAUUCACAAGAAUAAACAUGUCCCAGACACAUACGAUACUAUCGUCCGUAGCGUCGGCUGGGCUCGCUUUGUUAACUGGGCUCUUACCACCCCCCUCCUCUUGAUUAACUUCGCCCUGGUCUCUGGUCUGCCUGGCGCCAACCUCUUCGCUGGCAUUGCCGCGAAUUGGGUGAUGCUCGCAUCUGCUUACUUUGGUUCCUUCGCUGGACACACUCCGGUGCGCUGGGUGUGGUUGACCCUGACAUGCCUUGCGUUCUUGAGUAUGCUCCAUCAUGCAGGCUUCCAUGCCCAGCGGGCAGCGCAGAACAAGGAUGCGUCGACCAGACGCUUCUUUGGGGCGUACUCUGGACUUGCAUUCUUUGCUUUGGCUCUUUUCCCAAUCACUCUUGCGGCGGGUACACUUGCAUUGAAAAUUACUGUCGAUACGGAGACCAUACUCUAUGCUAUCCAAGACAUCUUUGUCCAAGGGCUGUUGAGCUACUGGCUCGUGGUGUCGCAUGACAGUGCGCAGGGAAUUACCCUUCACCUGGACGGAUUCUGGUCUCACGGAUUCGGAAAUGAAGGCGCCAUUCGUAUCGAGGAAGAGGGCGCGUAG